UUGCCACUUGCUAUUACCCUGCUACUGUUAUUUCUCGUCCAUUCGCAGAAAGAACAGUACUACUCUGAGCAACACUCUUCCUUGAUUAACAAGGCCUACCAAACGCUCCUGAACCCUUUGAGCCGUGGCCUCUAUCUACUGGAGCUGAAUGGAGUAAAGCCGGCACAAGAGACAGACUGUGAUGGAGACUCAGUGUUUCUCAGGGAAAUCAUGGAAAUUAAUGAGAAAUUAGCAGAGCCUAAAAAUGAGGAUAUCCUUGAAGAAAUUGAAACUUUAAUUAAAGUUAAACAAGAAGAACUGACCAAAGAGGUGACUGCAGCUUUUGAAAGAGAUGAUCUUCAAGAAGCUAAGAAACUUCUAGCCAAAAUGAAAUACUUUGCAAACUUAGAGGAUAAACUAAAGAACAAGAAGAUCCCUUCCUGAUACUGCCUCCUUCACCAUUAAGAGUUAAUGUUAUUUUCAAUUAAACAGCUGAUUUAGUUACCAAAA